CAUCACUAAUCAUAUUUCUAAUCUCAAAAACCUUUCAUCUUCUUCUUCCUCAUCAUUCUAAUAAUAACCAUGUUCAUCACCCACUGCUAACAAUCUCAUCAAAUCCUUCUUUCUCAUCCUUUCUAUUUCCAUGGCCAAAUCCAAAACCUCUCUUUUUCUAUGUUGUUUUGGCUCUUCCCAUGCCUUCGAAUCUUCUCCCACCAAACCCUCUAAUGUUUCAAACAUCAAGAAGAAAAAGAGGAAGAACAAAACUACUACCACAAGUUGUUUUUCAUGGCUAAGGAUUCGAUUCACCAAGAAAUCAUCUUACAAAACGGUGCCGUUUGAAGCUUCAAUUCACUCUCACCAUGCUCAUUAUUCCAAGGCCAAGUCAAAGUCAACUCUUCCUCAUAAGCCUCAGUCUCCGGCAACCACCAACCCUCCGCCGUCCACUCACCCACCCGCCACACCCUAUUAUACCCCCACACAGACAAGACACGGUUUGGAAAACAACGCAGAGGACACGCGUCAACAGGGGAGAGGUUCUCCUGCUCAGGCGAAACGGCAGGCGGGGCGGCUGCCGCCGCCGGCGGUGCGAACGCAAACGACACGUAAGAAGGCACGAAACGACGGUGUUUUUGGCAUGUCGGUGGUGGUGGUGACUUUGGUGAUUAUGAUAUUUUGGGGUCGUUUAUGUGCCAUUCUCUGUACUUCGGUGUGGCUCUACUGCGCUCCGCGCUGGGGGAAAAUCGGUAGCGUAAACGACGACGGAAACUCCAAAACGACGCCGUCCAACGAGGUUGAUCUCGAUUCGGAGGAGUACAAGAAGAAAGUGAUAAUGGAGGGUCUUCUUGGGAGAAAUCACAGAGCUGGGCUUUGAAGAAGAAGAAGAUUUUCGCAACGCUGUCGUUUGGACUCUGUCGCCUUCACAUUUUUCUCUAUCAUUAAUUAGUACCAAAAUGAAAAGAAAAAACAAUUGUAAAUUCACGAAAUUUCAUGUAAAAAGAUUUUCUUUAUAAAUUCAAAA